AUGAAUGAACUUGUAGCCGUGGUAGCAGAAUCUCUCGGGGGCCAAGAAUGUGUACAGGUCGAAAAGUUUCCGGAUGGCAUGUUCAACAAGGCAUUUCUUUUCACCAUGGCAGAUGGUUCUCAGGUCGUCGGCAAGGUCCCAAAUCCGAACGCGGGACGGGCUCAUUUUACUACAGCCAGUGAAGUGGCGACAAUGGAUUUUGUACGAAAUGUCUUAGGUACCCCUGUUCCACGCGUCCUUUGCUCGAAUUCUAGUGCAAAGCACAGUUCCGUUGGAGCCGAAUAUAUUAUCAUGGAAAAGGCUGCGGGGGUGCAGCUGAGUCAGUUCUGGCCAACAAUGCCCAUCGAAGAGAAGCUGGAAAUAAUAAAAACGAUAUCUAGCUAUCAGAAAAGCUGGAUGUCCGCCCCCUUCAGCAAAUACGGCAGCCUGUACUACUCCUCUGACCUCGACACGUGUGGGCAAUGCAAGUUGGUAAACCCAAAUAGCACUCGAACCGAAGAGUCUCGUUUUGCCAUUGGACCUUCAACAGGUCGAGAUCAACUUGAUUUUUCGAAGAUUGAGAUAGACUUUGACCGCGGUCCAUGGGACAGUGCCCUAGAGUAUCAUCGUGCAAUUGGACUCAGGGAGAUUAGUUGCAUAGAGAAACUCAAUGAACUCCCGCGUUCGCCCCUGACUCUCACUGGACCUGGGCUAUACAGCCCAUCUCGGUCUAAAAAGCUCGCUGCUUUGAGGAGCUAUCUCAAACUGGCCGAUUAUCUUCUACCGUUAGACUCGUCAAUUUCGGCAUCAUAUCUAUGGCACAGUGAUCUUCAUACCGAGAACAUCUUCGUUGAUCCUCAAGAACCAACAAAAAUUCUUGACAUCAUAGACUGGCAGUCUACAGAAUUGUUGCCUCUAUUUGAUCACGCCCGCGAACCAUACCUUCUCGACUAUGGUGGGCCCCGUGCCGAAGGUCUUGAGCCCCCAGUCUUUCCCGACUUGAGCAAACUUUCCUCAGCAGAUCAAGAGCAAGCCAGAAGUCUUUAUUUUAUGAUGUCACUUUCGGCUUUAUAUAAUACACUGACUUAUCGUGAUAACCCAGAGCUCUACAAAGCCAUGGAGUUUCGUCAGACUCGUUGUUUUGAAUUGUUACUCCUUGCGCAGAAUCUUCUUGUGGACGGUGAGGCAUUAUAUCAAGCUUCUGUUUUAGAACUAGAAGACGAAUGGCCAACUCUGCCCAGUGUGCAGGCAUCCGGAGGUCCAUACUUCCCUAUCAAGCUAACCGCAGAUGAGGUGCAAUGUCUUGAACAUGACGUCUCGGACACAAUCAAAGGCAUGGGGUUGUUAAAUGAGCUUAAGGAAUCGCUCGGUGAAUUUUGGCCCGAGAAGGGGGUCGUGAAGCAUGACGAGUACGACAUUACCAAAAGGCUUCUAAGUCAGGCAAAGAAUAAAUUAUCCGACCAGAUGGGGUAUUCGAACAGUGAGGAAGCUGUGUGGAACAAGCUAUGGCCGUUUGAUAAUUAA